AUGCCGAAGCUUCCCGAUGGCACCUUUGCUUCGGGUGCGAAAUGGUUCGCUUUGCGGGGCCGGCCGAAGAACCACUCCGAGGAGUUCUGGGCCAAGUAUGACGGCUUCGGCGGCGAUGCCUUAGCCUUCCAGGAGAGCGAAACAGGCGUCACGGCGCUGCACCGAGCUGCGGCCUUCGGCUGGCCACAGCAGGCGCAGUUUCUCCUGGCCCGAGAUCCUGCAUGCAUCGAAACCAGGACAUCGGCAGGCCAGUCUGCCACAGAGGUCGCGGAGCGCGCCGUGGCGUGGUGCCGAGAGAAGGGACGCUCAGAUGAGGAGCUCCAAAAGCAUCAGGAGGCCCAGCCCAUGGCCUCAGCAUUCUGGGUUUUGCUGCUUCGAUUAGUUUUUCCUUGCAGGGAGUGGGAUUUAUGUACAGGGUUCUCGAUGCGUGGUGGCUGCGCUCAUUCGGCACACGUCCCUCGACUGCUCGCUUUGUGUCCUGACUGCUUGAGCGUGGACGCGCUGCGCCGAGCUCUGGCCCGAAUCCCAACCCCCCCGGGCUUGGCCCGAACUUAG